AUGAAGAUGAAGAGAAAGGCCGAUUCUCCAGCUGAUGGCAGGAAAGCCAUCAAGAAGCGGUCCAAGAACACUCUCAGCGACGAGGAUGCCAAAGCCCGCUUCCGCAAGGGGCUGUUUGACAAGAAGGUCCUCGGAAAGUACACCUCAGAGUAUGCGACAUCAACACCGUAUAAACACAGCGUAAUCCACGAGCUCGCCGACGACUCCCUCCUGCGCAAGGUUCGCGAAGAAAUCAAGGCCAACGUUCACUUCACCCCCAAAGAGACCGACAUCUACAAGAUCCACCAAAGUGGUGACCUUGCCAACCUCGACGGACUCGACGACAAGGCAUUGGCCAAGCUCCCCUCCCUUCUCGCCCUCCGCGAUGCGCUCUACUCCCAGACCUUCCGCGAAUAUGUUUCGCACAUCACCGGCUGCGGUCCCUUGAGUGGGCGCAAGACCGAUAUGGCCAUCAAUGUCUACACACCCGGCUGCUACCUCUUGUGCCACGACGAUGUUAUCGGUUCUCGAAAAGUCAGCUACAUUCUGUACCUUACCGACCCGGACACACCAUGGCAGCCCGAGUGGGGCGGAGCUCUUCGCCUCUUCCCCGUCGUCGACCGAGAGGGCAAGGACGGCGAGGUUGCCAAGACACCCCUGCCAGACUUUGUCAAGUCUAUCCCGCCAGCCUGGAACCAGCUCUCUUUCUUUGCCGUGCAGCCCGGCGAGUCCUUCCACGAUGUCGAGGAGGUCUACCAUGCUGCCAGCCCGGAGGAGCUCGAGAAGAAUGCUGGGCGCAUCCGCAUGGCCAUCAGCGGGUGGUUCCACAUUCCCCAGGUUGGAGAGGACGGGUGGGUGGAGGGUGCCGAGAGAGAAGCGGCUCACAAGAGCGGACUGAUGCAGCUGCAGGGUAACCCAGACCAGCACGACCAGCCGCAGGCGAAACCCAUAAGGGUUGAGAAGAGCAAACUCGAGGAGGAUGACUUCCCUCUGGAUGAGUCUGAUCUGGAGUUCCUUUUGAAGUACAUCGCGCCGACCUACCUCACACCAGACACCAUCGAGCGCGUCGCCGAACACUUUGAGGAGGAGUUCAGCAUCACCUUGCCAGACAUUCUGCAUCCCAGAUUCGCCGAGAAUCUUCGCAAAUAUGUGGAGGACCAGGAGAAGAAGCCACUACCGGAAAGCAGUGAUGAGAUCGAGAAGGGCGCCUGGAAGGUUGCGCGCCCACCUCACAAGCACAGAUAUCUUUACCUCCAGCCUGGAGAGGAGAAGACCGAGGAGUCGCCCCUCAAGGAGCUGCUCGAGGUUCUUUUGCCAUCCAGACAAUUCCGCCUGUGGCUGCAGAUGGCUACGCGCUCUACGGUCGAAAGCGUCGAUUUACUGGCCAGGCGCUUCCGCCAUGGACAAGACUACACACUCGCGACCGGCCAUGAGGGCAAGCCUAGACUCGAAGUCAAUAUUGGCCUGACGCCCACCACUGGCUGGGGCGAUGUUGAGGACGACGAGGAUGAGGAAGAAGAGGAGGAGGAGGAGGAGUCCUCUGAAGAGGAGCAGCCCAAGAAGAAAGGCAAGAACGGCGCGGCGAACGGCAAAGGAAAGGAGAAGGCCAACGGCAAGUCUGCUAACGGCAGCGAUGCCAAAGGCAAGGGCAAGGGCAAGGGCAAGGCUGUUGAAAAGGAGCCCGAGCCUGAGGAAGAGCUCGAAGUUGGUGGCCACGAGGUUUACAUGGCUGGCGAUGACGACAGCAACGAGGAUGCUGCCAUCUACAAGACCAGCGAUGAGGACGACAACAUUCUCUUCUUCCAGGCUGCCUCCUGGAACAAGAUGAGCAUUGUGCUGCGCGAUAGCGGGACUCUCCGCUUCGUAAAGUACGUCUCCCAGAGCGCCAAGGGCGACCGAUGGGAUGUUAGUGCGAUGUUUGAGAUUGAGGAACAAGACGAAGAGCCCUCCUCGGAAGAGGAAGGGAAUGGCGAGGCUUCGGGCGUUGGUGUUGUGGAUGAUUCCGAGGAGGAAUUCAAGGGGUUCUCUCCCAGUGAGGACAGUGAUUCCGACUAA